CGAUAAUGGAAUGCUUACUUAUCUUGACAGCCCACCAAUUAACCGUCAUUCUCACCUGUAGAUUAUUGGGCCCAAUGGCAUUCCUCUAAAAAGUUUGACUGAUAGUCUUCAAACCCUUGCCGCCACAAUACUCAAACCAUGAUCACACCGUCCACCACCAAUACCAAUGCCAUUCCUCACCGCAAACGAGCUAGGCUCCCUCUUGGAAUCUGCCAUCUCCACUCGCUCCCUCCUCUUCGGCCGGGCCACUCACGCUCACAUUCUCAAAACUCUUCAAAUUCCUCUCCCUUCUUUCCUUUCCAACCACCUCAUCAACAUGUACUCCAAACUCAACCUUGACAACUCCGCCCACGUCGUCCUUUUACAAACCCCACCUCAAUCCCGCUCUGUUAUAACUUGGACUGCCCUCAUUUCGGGCCAUGUCCAAAACGGCCAUUUCACUUCUGCUCUCCACCAUUUUACCCGCAUGCGAAAGGACGGUAUUUUCCCCAAUGAUUUCACCUUCCCUUGCGCUUUCAAGGCCUCCGCUUCGCUUCAGCUACCUGUUGUGGGAAAACAACUUCAUUCACUAGCUUUAAAGUCUGCCCAGAUUUUUGAUUCCUUUGUUGGAUGUAGUUGUUUUGAUAUGUAUUUGAAAACGGGGCUUAGAGAUGAAGCAAUGAAAGUGUUCGGAGAAAUGCCUGAGAGAAGUAUUGCGAUGUGGAAUGCAAAUAUCUCCAAUGCGGUGCUUGAUAGGAAGCCGAGUACUGCGGUGGAUGUUUUUAUUCAGUUUAGAAGGAUUGGCGGCGAACCUGAUCCGAUUACGUUCUGCGUCUUCCUUAAUGCGUGUUCAGAUGCUUUCUACUUGGAAUUGGGGAGACAGUUACAUGGAUAUGUGAUUCGAAGCGGUUUUGAUAGGAACUUGUCUGUCUGUAAUGGGCUUAUUGAUUUUUAUGGAAAGUGUAACGAGGUGGAAUCCGCGAGGGUGGUUUUUGAUGGGAUGGAGAAAAGAAAUGCGGUUUCUUGGUGCUCAUUGAUGUCUGCUUAUGAGCAAAAUUAUGAGGAAGAGAAUGCAUGUGGAAUGUUUUUGGAGGCAAUGAAAGAAGGGGUUGAACCUACUGACUUUAUGGUUUCGAGUGUUGUCAGUGCUUGCGCAGGGAUGGCGGGGCUUGAGUUGGGUAGGUCAGUUCAUGCGCUUGCUGUUAAAGCUUGUGUUGAAGGGAAUGUUUUUGUUGGGAGUGCACUGGUUGAUAUGUAUGGUAAAUGUGGGAGCAUUGAGGAUUCUGAGCAAGCCUUUUAUGAGAUACCUGAGAGGAAUUUAAUUACUUGGAACGCUAUGAUAGGUGGAUAUGCGCAUCAAGGGUGUGCUGAUAUGGCUUUGGCAUUGUUUCAAGACAUGCUGUCUUGUGGUGAAGUUGUUCCCAAUUAUGUGACUUUGGUUUGUAUGUUAUCAGCUUGUAGCAGGGCAGGGGCCGUGAAAAUGGGAAUAGAGAUUUUUGAAUCAAUGAAGGAGAGGUUUCAUAUUCAACCAGGUGCCGAGCAUUAUGCUUGUGUUGUAGACUUGCUAGGGAGAGCUGGGAUGGUUGAGCGUGCUUAUGAAUUUAUAAAGGAAAUGCCAAUUCGUCCAACAAUUUCUGUCUGGGGUGCUCUUUUAAAUGCUUGUAGAGUGUAUAAAAAACCAGAAUUGGGGAAGAUAGCGGCUGAUAAACUAUUUGAGCUUGAUCCUAGAGAUUCUGGCAACCAUGUGUUGCUAUCUAAUCUGUUUGCAUCUACCGGCAGGUGGGAGGAGGCUGAUCUUGUGAGGAAGGAGAUGAAGGAUGUUGGGAUCAAAAAGGGUGCAGGUUGCAGUUGGAUCACCGUGAAGAACAAAGUCCACAUCUUCCAAGCAAAGGAUACUUCACACGAAAUGAAUUCUAAGAUUCAAGAAAUGCUGGCCAAACUCAGGAAUGAGAUGAAGGCGGCUGGCUACAUUCCGGACACCAAUUUUGCCCUCUAUGAUAUAGAGGAAGAAGAGAAACUAUCAGAGGUUGGAUACCAUAGUGAGAAAAUUGCACUUGCCUUUGGUCUCAUAGUUAUACCUCCUGGAGUACCUAUAAGAAUCACAAAAAACCUCAGAAUCUGCGGAGAUUGCCAUAGUGCCUUUAAGUUUAUAUCAGGCAUUGUUGGGAGAGAAGUUGUUGUGAGAGAUAAUAACCGGUUUCAUCGCUUCAGGGACGGGCAAUGCUCUUGUAGAGAUUAUUGGUGA